GGGGCGGGGUCGGCCGGUGCUCGGAGCCGGCGGCGGAGCGGGGGUGCCCGUGUCCGCGGGAUGCCGGGGCUGGUGGUGUUCGGGAGGCGCUGGGCCAUCGGCAGCGACGACUUCGUCCUCCCGGGGGCCUUCGAGCUGUUCCUCAGGCUGCUGUGGUGGGUCGGCAUCCUGGUGCUCUACGCCGUGCACAAGGGGCAGUUCAGCUGCCCGGGGGGAGCGCUCCUGCACAGCUACCUGUUGGUGCUGCUGGCCCUGCUGGCUGCCAUCAUCUGCACGCUGUCCGCCCUCGUGUACGUCAGCAUGCAAGGAACAAUUUCUAAUCCAGGCCCAAGAAAAUCACUUCCCAAGUUACUUUAUACUCGCCUACUUCUCUACUUGCCUGAAUUUAUCUGGGCCGUUGUAGGAGCUGUGUGGGUGUCAGACAGCAGCGUGCGCUGUGAGAGCACUGUAAUAAAUGUCAUCCUUGGGACAGUUAUUGCAAGCUGGGUUAUCAUUGUCUUUACCAUCAUCGGAGUGCUGAUUGUCUUUGAUCCACUCGGGGGGAAAAAGACAUUUUACCUCACUGAUGGUUUAGAUCGGAACUUGGAAAGCAGCCAGUCGGGGCAGCUGCUAUACAACGUGAAGAACACUGCUACCAGAGUCUGGGAAAAAAGAAUCAGGUUGAUGUGCUGUUGUAUUGUGCAGGACGAUGACCAUCGAGUGGCUUUUACAAGUAUAGCAGAGCUCUUCCGUGCCUACUUCUCAGACACAGAUCUGGUGCCAAGUGACAUAGCAGCUGGUUUGAUUCUGCUCCAUCAAGAGCAAGAUAAAAUGGAAAGCUGCCCAAAAGAGCCAGAAGAAGUCCUCUGUCACUCCCCAUCGUCUCUUGUGGCUGAUGAUUUGGAUAUUGAACUGGAGAACGCUGCUCACUAUAUGCUGUUUGCUGCAGCUGCCUAUGGCUGGCCCUACUACAUAUACACCAACCCAUUCACUGCGCUCUGUAAGCUCAAUGGUGACUGUUGCAGAAGUAGACCAGAAGAUUCUGAUAUAACUGGAAGUGAUCGUCGUAACUUUCACUUUGGAUCCAUCCUAAGAAUAACAGGGCUGCAGUACAGAGACUUCAUUCAUAUCAGCUUUCACAACAAGAUCUAUGAGAUUCCGUUUUUUGUUGCUUUGGAUCACAAAAAAGAAGCUAUUGUGGUUGCAGUGAGAGGAACGUUGUCUUUUGAGGACAUUCUCACUGAUCUGUCAGCAGACUGUGAAGACCUGACACUGGAAGAUGUUCUAGAGAAUGGCUUUGUGCAUAAGGGAAUAACUCAGGCUGCAAAUUAUAUCUAUCAAAAGCUAAUAAAUGAUGGAAUUUUAAACCAAGCUUUCACAAUUGCUCCAGAAUACAAACUUGUGAUAGUUGGUCACAGUUUGGGUGGUGGAACAGCUUCUGUAUUGGCAAUCAUGCUCAGGAACUCCUUCCCAACAUUAAAAUGUUACGCCUUUUCUCCUCCAGGAGGACUUCUAAGCAAAACACUUGCAGAGUACUCUAAACGCUUCAUUGUUUCGAUCAUUCUUGGAAAGGACCUCGUUGCAAGGUUAAGCAUGCCCAACAUGGAGGACUUAAAGAGAAGAAUAGUGAGAAUUGUGGCAAACUGCAACAGGCCUAAGUACCAGAUUUUGUUGCGUGGCUGUUGGUAUGAGGUAUUUGGAGGAGAUCCAGAUAACUUCCCAACUGAGCUGGAUGGUAGGAACGACGAUGCCCUGACACAGCCCCUUCUAGCUGAGGAAAGCUUAAUGGUUCAUCGGUCACCUUCAUACAAUGCCCUUGAUGGAGAACCACACUUGAAUUCACCACCGCAGUACCCUCGUCUGUAUCUUCCUGGAAAGAUUAUCCAUAUUGUAGAAGAAUGCAGCUCUAGGAGGUUGUGCUCUUCAGACAUUAAAUACUCUGCAAACUGGUCAAAUGAAACAGUCUUCAGCAGCAUUUUAAUAAGUCCCAAGAUGAUAACAGACCACAUGCCUGACGUUGUGCUCAACGCUCUCAACAGUUUGUCUCGAGAACAUAGAUCUUGUAUUUCUUGUCAAACAAAAUAAUUUAACAGAAUGCGGUAUGUAGUAGCUCAGAAGAGAGAAGUGCUUUAAACAAAAAUGCAAAAUGCAGCUUUGAGGUAUUCAGGACACAUUCCACUUUCAUGGAGUGGAUUUUAGUACUUUUCUCAUCUUGUGUGUAACAAACAAGAGGUUUUGGUGCCCUUGUCUCUGCAGUGAUCUCAAGCAACAUUAUGAUGGGUGAAGCACAUAUUCUGCAUUGAUGCUGAAGCUUGAGCUUUUCCAAAAGUGGAACAGUAUACAAGUGCUAGCCAAGCUGCUGCAAGCAGUCACCAGAGACCUGAGCCUUCAACUGAACACUUGACUGAGGUGAGGGUGUGAGGCCAGCUUGUUAGCACAGAGCCCUGUCAGGCAGGUUAAAAAAAAAAUCCAGUUCUGCUUCCAAGUCACUUUGUUCCACUGCUCGGAGGUGUCUGCACCCUGCUGCUAUGGAGCACGGGUUGCCUGCUAAAGGUGCUUUAAUGAAAGCAGUGCGGCAGUGCGUGAGUUGGCUGCAGCUGAGUGGCAGGAGGAGGUGAGUGAGGGACUGUCUGUGGUCAGGGACAGCCUGGCAUGUGGGGGUGUGUGAAGGCAGGCCCUACCACUGUGUUGGUUGUCUGUUUUGUUUUUAAUCAGGCAGUUCUGGUUGCACUGUUUCAUCUCUUAAGGGGGUGUGCAGCAUACCUCGUGGAGGUGGUGGGAGUUGUUUAAGUGCUGCUUGGGUUUACAUGUGCAAUAUUCUUAAUCUACCUGGCUUUUGUUUUUGUUGACCCAUGGGACUACUUUUUAUUAAUUUUAAACUGAACUAAUACUUUAAUGAGGAAAAACAAUUGUUUAUGCUUCACCUUCACCAUGGUAGUCAGUAGCUCUAAUGAAAACAGCAAUUUGUAAUUCUGCAAAAUAUAUAUAUAUUUGUACAGUGAAACUGGUUUUAAAAGAGUGUGGCUUGUUUCUAGUGUGUAAAUACUUGAACAUUUUGUUUAAGUCAAGAGCAUUUCUUUCUUACUAAAAGAAAUUCCAAGAAAUAAGUAACCAUAUGACAUGGUUGAGAACAGCCGUGUGAUGUUCUUGCUGUGAUACUUAAUGUGGAAGAAAAAAUAAAACAUGCUCUAAAGAA